UAGAAUUUCAACUUGGUUCUUUCUAAGUUUCUUCAUCCGUUUAUUCCUCCCUACUUCUGGAUUUAGUCACACGUUUAUAAGGUUAUUAAAUGGAUUCAGACGUCACCCAAAAUCUCACUCUGAAAUUCCUUGCGUUCCAUGCUGUUGUCRCUCCAGAUGUCAAGACUGGUCAAAGUCUUUUGCACGUGUCGUGCAUUAAUGGAGAUCUAGAAAUGCUAAGCAUAAUACUGACUUGCAGCCCAAGUCACUUAGAUACUUUGAUUGCCCUGUCAAUCAAGACUUGUCAUAACGAUGAACCCCGCCUACCAGAGGAACUKAUCACCAAAACUCAAGAUUCUCUGCGAAGACAACAAAUGCUGCACAUCAUUGAAACUGCUGCGGGAUCAUCGCAUCCCAAAUCAAUGAUACAUGCUGUGGCCAAAAAGGGCCAUGUAUACCAAAUGGGGAUUCUGCUCAAACUCGGCCAAAGAAUAAACAGUCUAUCUAAAGAUCCAGAAGAUAAAUCAGCGACUCCAUUGAUUCUUGCCAGUGCUUAUAAUACAARUGAUAUGGUUGAAUAUUUACUGUUCCGUGGUGCGAACAGUGACAUUACUGAUUCCCAGUUCAAUAUGGCAAUUCAUUCAGCUUCGUCAUGUGGGGACGCGCGGUCUAUUAUGGCUCUUAUUGCAGUUGGUAGUGAUGUUAAUGUAAAGGGUUUUCGUGGUAAAGCGCCUUUGCACUUUGCCUCCUUGAAUGGAAAGUUAGAAGCUACUAAAGUCCUUUGCGAAAAUGGCGCGGACGUGAAUGCGCGGACCGCAUUUGGAGAUACUCCUUUGAUCUGCGCCGCACAGAAUGGCGAUUAUGAAAACAUGAAACUCCUUCUUGAAAAAGGCGCCAAUGUUCAUGACCGCAAUUCCAUUGGUUACAACGCCUUGUUUUAUGCUGCGAAGAAAGGGUUUACAGAUAUAGCCAAGCUGUUGCUCAGUUCAGGAUGCGAUGUUAAUGCAAGGGCGCGCAUUCGAGAUACACCUCUGACUAUUGCAUCGGGUAUUCGAGGGAAUAAAAUCAUGGUAGAGUUCCUACUUCGGUCUGGAGCGGGCAUUAACAUGGCUGACAGGCAAGGAAGGCAGGCUCUACAUCAUGCAGGCGAUGCUSAAAUCAUUGACUCUCUUCUUGAUGCUGGUGCGGUGAUAGAAUCAAGAGAUCUCUAUGGCUUGACCCCUUUGUUGUUUGCCUGCAGCUCCGAAAAUCGGCACAGCAGCAUGGAGGUUGCUACGAAGCUUAUUCAGAGAGGAGCCUGCGUCAACGCGCAAGAAGUGCUUAGCCUGUACUCACCUUUACACCACUUGUGCGCACAUCAUGACGUCGACAGAAAUACUGUCAAGCUACUACUUGAUAAAGGAGCUGAUGUGAAUGCCCUAGAUUCUGAGGGAGAGACACCUCUUUUUUCUGCAGUCAGAAACGCGGACGUUGAAAUUGUAGAGUUGCUUUUGAAGCACGGAGCGUCUGUUGAUAUAAAAAGUGUUUCUUCUUUGACGCCUUUAGACGUUUGUUCCUCGGCUGAAGGGGUUCAUGGAGRAGCGUUGGUUCUUGAAGUUUUAAAAAAGUACAAUAAUAAAGUGUAAUAUCACUUGAAUGCCCAUCUUAAGGAUAUGCUAAUCAAAAAUAAGAUUGUAUGUUUAAAUUUUAAAAUUAAAAAAUUCCUUCCUCAAAUUAACUGAUAAGCUGGGUUCAAAACGAGUUUAACAAAGUACUGCUGACAUUGGUUUGUUCGACAUGCAUAACGAYCUAAUGUUUAGUGCGAUAGAUUUGUUGGAGUGGAAGGGAUGUCGACYUUAUUAAUUGGCGUAAAUCAUUUUUUUCUAGUCUUUUGCCUAUUUUUUUUUGAUGUAAUCAUAAUUGAUUGGUUCAUUCGUUUGGUCAGUGUUUUUGUUCAGUGUAUCAUCCGCACCGAAAAUGGUAGACGGAAAUUGGAAAUGCCGGGUAGCAAGCCAACAGUGGCGGGGCAUAUUCAAAUAAGAUGUUUUAUAGUUUAUAUCAUUCAAUACUGCAUGCCUUUCGAUCAAUGCUGGAUGAUGAUCACGAAAUGUCAACUAACUGACAUGGCCAUAUACGUUUGACCUAAUUAUUAAGCGUCAAUCUGAUGACAYAAUGAAAGGAGAGCUUGGUUGUAUUGAUGGGUUGCAAGCAUUCCCAAGAGAGUUAARAGGCAAAAGCAUGGCGGCCAUUGUGGUGCCGUUAAUAAUGGAKKCUAAUAAGAAAUAGUUUGUUAAAUUGCACCAACGCUCCCCCGAGAGGCCGCGAUGGCGUAACGUGCAAUCAAAGAAUUGGCGGAGUUAUGGCACAGAAACAGGUAGCUUCAUUUGAGCUGAGUCAUUGRUCAUGACCUUCAGAACGAUCUAAAGACCAACCAAUCAGAAUUGAGGAUUUAACACUGUAUUUUGAUUAGCAUUUCCCAUGAUUCUGCCWAGAGAAGCCAUGAAAUAUAAAYUAUUCAUUAUUUAAAAUGAUCGUAAAUGCUAGUCAGUCUAACUCAUGACGGAAUUCCACUUCAAUYGACAAGAGAAAUCUACAUUGUAUUACGUCCCUGCUCAAAAAAUGCAUUAAAAAAUAAAUGACCAAUAAUUCCUUUUGGUGAAGGCGGUCAACUCA